AUGUCUUCCAUCCGCAACCUCUUCCUCGGGCUCUUGAGCAUCUCCGCCACCGCCUACGCCGAGCACCUCCGCGUCGUCUUCUCCUCCGGCAGCUUCUCCACCAUCAGCGGCCCCAGCGGCGGUUCCCAGAGCGGCGGCUACAAGGGCUUCGCCAUCAUCAACGACAACGGCGAGGCCAUCUACGACCAGGCCUACCCCGACGACCACUCCCCUUGCUACAACACCGGCGGCGGCCGCACCUUCACCAUCGAGGGUGACUGCUGGGACACCCCUCGCGUCUUCCACUGCGAGUCCGACUUCGGCGGCAUCCCCGAGUCCUGCGACGUCAGCACCUCCGACGGCACCCAGCUCGGCAGCGGCACGCAGAAGAAGAACACCGACUUCAUCGGUAUCGCCAUCGGCAUCGACGGCAGCUGCGCCGUUGAGUUCGAGUCUGAUGGGCCCGGCUGCCCUGUUGAUGAUGGCAACGGCCCCCUCCACGUCACCAAGGGUUAA